AUCAAAUUCAUUGAUGUGCAAGCGGCUCUAGCCAAGCUAGCUUGAUGCAGCAAUGCUGCCGAGUCUCGACUGGCGGUGACUGCGAGAUAUCUCACACUAGCCGUGUUUAGGAUACCGUAACGGACUUCCUGACGGGGAUUGCAUGAAUGUCGCGCAAUAGUGCUUGACAGGGCCAUUUGACCUCGUUUGGUAAAGUCUAUCGUACGAGGUGAGCAAGUAUUAAAGGAAUACUCACAGUCUUGAGAACACCCAUUUCUUACAUGAUUGACCUCCAGAGAAGAGUCGCCAUUAUCGGCGCAGGUGUUGGCGGGUUGUCCCAAGCUAUUGCUCUCAAAACUAAGCUCGGAUUUCACGAUUUUACAAUAUUUGAGAAAGGGUCUGAAGUUGGUGGGGCGUGGAGGGCCAACACAUAUCCUGGAUGCUCGUCGGAUGUCCAGAUUCAUUGGUACAGCUUAUCAUCAGACCUUUACCCAUACUGGAACAAGUCGCAUGGCCUUCAACCGGAGAUUCAAGCCUACUGGAUCGACCUCUCGAAGAAAUACAAUCUAUAUCCACACAUCGCGUUCAACACAAAAGUGUUAUCUGCCGAGUGGGAUGAUGUCAAACAACAAUACAUCAUCGUCGCAGAAGAUGUUUUUUCAGGCAAGAGAAUAUCGAGCGUGGCCCAUGUCGUGAUAUCUGCCGUUGGUAUCUUGGAUGCCCCAAGGAUUCCAUACGAGAUCCCUGGAGUUCGGAGGUUUCAAGGGGUUUCGUUUCAUUCCGCACAGUGGCCAGGCUCGAUAGAUCUGCGGAAUAAGCGCGUUGCAGUGAUUGGAAAUGCAUCCUCCGGAGCACAGUUCGUGCCAUCUGUAUCUGAAGACCCGUCUGUCGAAGUAGUCAACUUCAUUCGCACCCCGAGCUGGUUCACCACUCGACCACAUAUUCCGUACUCGGACACCGAGAAAUGGGUAUUUGCCAACAUCCCUCUGGCAAUGCGGCUGCACCGAGCUUGGAUCGUGUUCUGGUUCGAAUUGCCUUUAGUCAUACGCCCGAGUGACAAAACUCUCAAGAAACGAUGCGAGGCGAUGACGAAAUACAUCCUCGAUAACGCACCGAGUAGAUACCAUGAUCGUAUGAUACCCGAUCAUCCUCCAGGCUGCAAGCGGACCGUCGCAAACAGCGGCUUCCUGGAUGUUCUCCAUCGGCCUAACUUGACACUGAACUUCGACGGAAUUGACAACAUAGCGGAGAAUGGCAUCGUCACGAAAACUGGUGAAAUGUUGCCAUUCGAUGUCAUCGUAUACGCGACCGGGUUCAUCAGCGACCAAUACCCAAUGCACGUUCGAGGCUCGAACGGGGCUACCAUCCAAGGGUAUUAUGAUGCUCAUGGUGGCCCUACCGCAUACCUCGGGACUUCGGUCCCUGACAUACCGAACUUUUACUUGCUAGCCGGACCAAAUACUGGAAUACCAGCAUCAACAUUGUUCAUGGAAGAAGUCCAAGUAAAUCCAGUGAACUUUUUGUAUGUUUUUACUCAAGUUUAUCACAAGGUUGGAUAUAUCCAUCAACUCAUAGAGCCGGUCCUCAGCGGUUCCGCUUCAUCUUUCACCGUCAAAGUUUCACACGCAGAUGAAUAUAAUGCUAAGGUUCAAGAACGUAUAUCCCGCUCUGUGUUCAUGCAAUGCCAUUCCUGGGCGCGUAUGAACGGCACGGGAAAGGUAUUUAAUCCAUUCCCUUGGGCUAUGACGCAUUGGUGGUGGUUGCUUCGCAAACCAAAUUGGGAUCAUUAUGUGGCAGUCGGCGCCGAGAAAUGGGUAUGGGCAAGGCGAAGAAAGUUUGUCAAGAAUAGUCUGAAAUGCGCUGCAAUCUUGGCGUUAUUGUGCUCAUAUAUCGGCAGCUCUGUUCAGACGACAUGGUGGCAGCGACUAUCUGUGGCUUGCGACUACUUGAGCAAGUUUAGCCUGCGUCUUUAAGCGUCAUGCAUGUAUGUACGAGACAGAUCAUAAUUAUACAAAGUAGCAACUAGACAGCUUGCAUACUUUUCCCUCAUGAGCAAGAUUGACAAUCGGAAACGAUGCGACGAC